GUCCAGGAGACGGUGGCGGCUUGGAUGCGCGCGAGCAAACCUACUAACUUCAGUGUCGCUCGGACCGCGGCCACGUAUUGUGGGCUGCGUUAAUAGUCCAUUUUAUACAUACAUAUAUAUCUCGCUCUGUCGUCCAGUGUGUUACGUGUGUUUAUAUUACUGCUCUGUUUUAUUUUUUGUUGUACUUUUUUUUUUUUUUUUUUUUUUUUAUUAUUGUAACCAGUCGCUUUACUUGGUUGACCCGGUUCCGACGCAUUCACUGGGUUUGUUUGUUUUUACUGCUCGUUUCGAGUCAAUUGUACCUCUGAUAAGAUAUCAUGACACGACAUGGGAUGAAUAUUAUCUAAACGAGCUCUGAAAAUUUUUUGUGACCCUUUUUUUUUAAUUCUUUUAUUCGAGUUGUAGUUUUUUAGUUGUGAUAACAGAUUUGUGCUCAAGUUUGUGAUAUGACGAUUAUUAACGAUUUAGAUUAUAAAAAACAAGUAAAAAAAUUAAAGCAAUUUCAUUUUUGAGGUGGAAUUAGCGAGUGUGUGUGUUGGUGAUCGUUUUCAAAUUAUAAAAUGAGCCGCGCCUCUCAGGCCGGCUUGGAGGUGGAGAGAUACAUUGGAAGUUGUUUGAUAUCCUCGACACUAAGACCCGCUUUGCAAAAGACUAUUGUCAACAAUAAUAACAACAACAAUAAUAAUAAUAAUAAUAUUAUUUGUAACAACAAUAACAAUAGUUGUAAUAAUAAAAAAGAAAGUCUGGUCGUGAGCUUACGUAAUUCACACUAUCAGCAAAACAACUAUUCACCUGGUAAUAAUGAGCAGUGUCAGUAUGGUACUUGGACAGGUGCCCCUUUAAUCUCCAUGACGUCUAGUCCCAGGAGAAGUAAUCAGCGAUCGUCUCCGUCACCUUGUCAACAACUGUCUCAGCAGCAACAUUCACCGAUUGAGUCACAGUCGCAACAGCAACAUCAAAGCCACCAGCAAGUUCCCGCACACCUGCAGAACCGAAGUCCCCUGUCGCGCCUUGCCAUUCAUACGCAAGGUGCACCCCUCAUUCUCGCCGGACGCUUUCACAAUCGUGGAAAGGCGCAGAAUUCCAACAAUGUGAUUGCCACUCCUAAUGUCAACAAUUUCUGCAACGUUAAUAACAACAAUAAUAACAAUAAUAAUAAUAAUAAUACAAUGUCAAUUGGAAGGUGUCCGCCUGUUCGUAGUCAGAAAAAUAUCGUUGAAAUUCCGAGAAAGUCACAAUCUCAGUAUCAGCACAUGCCACACCAACAGCAGCAACAACAACAACAACAACAACUACAACAACAACAACAACAACAAAUCCAACACCAAACACAACAGCAAACGAUAAAUCAUAAGAAUGAUUGUCACGGAAAAUUAGACAAUAGCUCGGGGGCAAGUAUCGCCAAUAUCGAUUCGCUGAGCAUCGCCAGUGAUGAAAGUUCAAAUAACUGUGAGAAUAGUUUACCGAGGAUCAUAAAGCCCCGCAAGCGUAGGAAGAAGGACCGUAAGCCCGCCAAUGUCGUUACUACGGAGAACUCUAAGCCGGAGGAUAUCCCGGUCUCGAUGAAUCCUGGACUAAUGGCCACAGGGAUGACCGGAGAUCAAUCUAAUUUGGUUACACUGAAACCUUAUGUGCCGGUUUGCUACGAUGGGAUGAGAUAUGAAGUCCCACCGCAGCAGGGUACGGUGCAACAUCGGGCUCACAGGAGGCCACCAAUGAGCAGGGAAAGUUACUCAGGUAGAACCCAGACACCUAUACAGCAGGAGAUUGUCGACACGAGGCAGAGCAGUAGGUAUGCGCAUCGACACGCGCAGGUGAAAGUGCUCGACGACAACCGGAAUGUUGUGGUGCCUGUGCUCGUUCGCACGACAGCUCUUGCCAAGGGAUAUCGUAAUCACCAUCACCAUCCGCCCGCCAACAACAAUAACAAUAAUAAUAGUAAUAAUAAUAACAAUAAUAAUAAUAAUAAUAACAAUAAUAUUAAUAAUAAUAAUUGUAACAAUGCCCUCAAUAAUCGGCUAGUACAUGGUAAUACUGGCAAUGGGCCUCGUUAUAUUCAUGGGUACGACAGCUGUGAGAAAUCAGGACUUGUUGAUGACCCAGGCUCCUGUCAGUGUCGCUACUGUAAUCCCUCUGGUCUCAUAUGGGACGUUGAUCAGAACGGUUAUUCGCCCUUCUUGACACCCCCACCCAGCACAACUACCAGCACUGGGAACAACAAUGAAUUUGUCCAAUUUCCCCAGAUACCACUGUUCUUGUCACGAUCAAAUAUUGGUGGGGGUGGAGGAAACUGUCAUCAGGAACCGUCCGAAUUCUUCGACGUGGAAGACUCCCUGAGGAGCCACCAUCAUCAUCACCACCAUCACCAUCACCAUCCAAUUCCAGUUGGACCAACUCGUCACGAACGACUUGAACCUACUGGGGGUGCACUACUCAGACGAAGCUGGAGCGACCCAUCAAGCUACUUCAGCGAGCAAAUCUGUACACCCAGUCGUGAUGUCGGAGUAAUUGGUGAUCGAGGGCAGACUGCUGAGGCAGUUGGCAGAGGUAGGAGUUCUUGGCCCGGAAGUCCGUCCUACGUGUCAUUGGGAACAAAUGCCUCGGGACUCGGUGGUAGUCUCAGUGGUAAUCCAGUUACUGGACAGAGCCUUGAGGUGUCUACUGAAAUAGUGACCUCUCACAACGGGCAUCGUGAUCUUGAAAUUAAAUUCUUUUCAUCGUCGCCCAGUUCUAUUCAGCCGGAAGAAGAAAAAUCACCCUUUCCAGAGGACAACGAGGAUUUGAGUGAUAUUUGGAGUUAUCACGAGUUCAAGCUGCAGCAAGAUUUUCGUACUUUACUACAAGCAGAAGAGUGAAUAACGCCCGAAUUUUAAAAUAAGUCAAAGACAUUGAUUUUAAACGAUAAUAUAUAAUAAGAAAAAAAAAACUGCAACACGAAUUGUGUAUGUGUGUGAGAUUGUGUAUGAGAGAUUUAACGAGCGAAUGAGAGUAUAUAGAGUGUGUGAUGAAAGCGAGAUCGUUAUUGGAAUGAAAUUGGAAAGCCGUCGGAGCGUGGAACAAGUAGAAAAGCCGAGGUUGACUGGCAACGAGAGCGAACAAAAACAGGUGGACUCUCUUACACACAUAUCCAAACAUACAUUACAUACAUGCAUACAAUCAACCUACCCACUCUGAUGUAUAUGCGUAUAUGUUGCGUGCGUGCGUGCAUGCGUGCGAAAGCCGACUGCUGGCAGCAUAUUACUCAUGACAGCAGCGGUAACACCAGUAAACCUAAACCGUUAAACCUCUGCUCGUACUAUAUAACGAACAUACAAAUAUAUAAAUGUACGUACGGACGGACGAACGAACGAACAAACUAGUGUAGAGCGUAGUAGCAGUCUACCGACAGACAAGCACAGUACAGUAGUAAGCACCAACAACAAUAACAACAACAACAACAACAACAACAACUUGGGUUUGUAACGCGGUAGUUCAUCUAGGUCUACACGACGGGACUUGUCUCUCUAGCUCGUAGCUCGUCUGUCUGUCUGUCUGCCUGUCCGACUGUCUAUCCACCGUCAGACAUUCUAUGUACACGAUAUAGUCUACGCACGGGUGACAACCACCGAUGAAUAAACCACGAAACAAGACGAUCAUUUCUAACGGUUUACGUGGUAGUAAAUGUUAAACCAAUGUUAAAUUGAUGACGAGCGAAAUCACGACUGUAAUUGAUCCCUUCCUUGUGACCACCGAUUCUUCAUACUAUUUUUUCCAUACAUUUUAAUUUACCAUCAUGUCCGUGGAUUAAUGAAAUGUUGGCGUGAUCGAUAAGAUAAUAUUAUGUCCUACGUCACGUCGGUUGCGUGUGCAAAUUGAUCAAGGUGAGGAAGCGUCAGUUGCCGCCGCCUUGCCUCUCGUUUCUUCGUCAUCGUUAUUGUCAACGCAACUCAGUCAGCUCCUUCACCGUUCCCCAUCUAUCAUCAGCCUGGUACAUACUGAGAUGCCGAGUAUCGGUAGCACUAAAGCGGCAUUUACUUGUCUCCUCUUGCAACACAUACACACACAUACACACACACACACACAUACUUGGGAUGUUGAAGCUAAAACCGGCGUUUAAUUAACGCAUCGGACAUGUUGUUCGCGUGAUCGUCGUUAGUGUAACGUAGCAAUUAAUCGGCUACCAAGUCGUAGCUCUAGGCCUAUUGAGAGUCUUAAGCCUUAAAGGAAACACGAAUGGGUAUACCUACCUGGGUACAAAAAAAGACAAGUAUUACCACGUCCUAUGUGAUGAUAUGAGUUUAACAUCAGAAUAAUGACGCGCUGUCUGUAUUGAUAAUCUAUAGUUUAAAAGAUAUAACAUCAUGGAGCUCUGGUUAUUCCAUUCCUUUACAAUAUUUCUCGGUAGCUAAUUCAUUUCCGCUUGGGGCUCAUACACCGCGUUACACUUUCUUUUCAUGGACGAAAUUGAUUAUUCAUUAGCAGAGCCAAGGAAAAGAAAAAAAUGCUUAAAAAUAAAUAAAUAAUAAUUAUUAACGAUUUACAUUGACGCAGAUGUCAACCAAAGGGGCCGAUGACCUUUAUCGUAUUAUGUUAAAUAAUGGCACCGGCAUAACGUGGGUCGCUAAACUGUUAUAAUUCGCCCACGAAUGUACCUUUUUUUUUUUUUCUUAUUCAAUUUCCAUUCAUACAAAUGCAUAUACUCGUGUUUAAUAAGAUACUGGUAUCCAUAAAACCUUUUAUUUAAUAUUAAUCUGUUUGUUUACUUUAUUGAACUUGGUAACAAAAUAAAAUUUGUUUCCUUGGGAUCUUGGAUCUCUCCUUUCUCAAGGACAAUAAUCCAAUUGCCGUUGGUAUAACGAACUUAAUUUAUAGUCGUAUCGAGAAAUAGUUUCCACGCGAAUGGAUUUGUCGUAAACGAACGUAACCAAGUACAUCGAGACAGAGAUCUUGUCUGUCAAUUCGUUCAGUUGCAACGCUUGCGUGUCUCCAGGGUAUCCAUUAUCCUUUCUGUAUUCUUGCUGUACAUAUAACCACAUAUAAAUACAUAUACAUAUAUACAUAUAUACAUAAAUACAUAUGUACAACUGUCGAUCGAUUGGAUCAGUAGAUCCAUCGAUUGGCAGUAGUAAUCGAACGCAAUCUUCGAUAAAGUUGCUCACGGUCGCACCUACUCCCAGCUCCAUCUAAUUACAGUCGAGUAUUCGCCGCAGAUACUUUUUAAAAAGGUUAUGAAAUAAAAUACCGUCAUCAUAAAAUAUUUUUCGACAUUAUUUCCAUUAUCCAGCUCGCGAUACACACCAGUAAAGUCUGAUGAAAUCGAUUCCCACCGAGUUCUCGCUCCUUUUCUAACUCUUCGCUCUGUAUUAUAUAACAUAUAUAAAUAUGAAAACAUAUUAUUAUUAUUAUAAUUAUUAUAAAAUAUUUACCGUGUAGGUAUAUAAAGUAGUUUAAAUAAACGAUGUUAUUUGCUAGAUUAUUGAUGAGUACGCGUGUGAUUAUUAUUAUUAUUAUUAUUAUUGAGAGUGCGUGUGAAUGAUAUUUGUACUUUAUAAACAGACUGUGUUAUAUAUAUGAAAUCUUGACCAAGCUCGACUCAUUAAUUCGCUGUGCGAUCGUCGUCGCUUUGUCCUAUAAAUAUAAAUAUUAUACAUAUAUAUGUAUGUUGUUAUAAAUGGGCAAAUGAAGAUGUUAAUUGUAUCACUGGGAAAAAAAAGAAUUAAACAUAUAAAUUAUUUCAAGUAUCGGCUUGCAUGUAAUUUAAAAUUAAAUUAAAUUUUUUUUUUCACUGUCGCUUGUUAUAUUUUUUCAUUUUUUUCUCAGUGUUUAGAUUAAUUGUCACGUAAUUAAUACUGAUAACUAAAGAAUAAAUAAAUAAAAUAUAAUAUUGUGUAAUUUAAAUUAGGAAUGUGUGUAAAUAUUGUAAUAGCAAUUAGCUUCGGCGUAUUAAUAUUUCCACUGAAUAUUAAAAUAAAUUAUUUAGCUCGUUAUUUUUAUUUAUAAACAGAUUUAAUUGUCGCUUUUAAUUAAUUGGAAUGACGUUUUUGUUCAACUCAGUCACUGCUGAGAUGAAUAAAAAAAAAUAUAAUUAUAAUAAAUAUGAAAACAAGCGAUCACGCAGGAAAUCAGUGAAAGGCAAAAUUAAUCUUGAAAUCGUUAAUUUUAAAAAUUAUAAAAAUAUUUUUUUUCUCUCUUAAUGCCGAUAGGCGUGAACGGAAGGGGGACUUUAUUUUCGUUUAUUCGUUUUACUUUUUCGCUCACGGCAGAGCUACAACAACUCUCGAUGAUUAAUCACCUCGGCCCCCGUUGACGGCGGCCUUAGGCUAGAUUAUAUACUCUCCUUUUUAUCACUCGUACCAAAUAAUAAAACCCUCGGAUAAAUGUUUUUUUUACUGAAAAUUUCCAUACCUUUUUUUUUCUCACGCGUCUCCAAGUCUCUCUUUUAUAACCAUCACUUUCGUAAUGACUUCAUGAGCCUUUUUAUUGUAAAAAAAAUUAAGCAACAGUAUAAACUAGACUUAAUAUCUGAUAUCAACGCCACUACACGAGGUUGUUUAUAAAAAAAGUUUAAAAAAUCUAACACUUCUAAUAAGUGAUUUUAAAUUACGCAAAUUAUUUUUAAAAAAACUUUAGUCACGAGAAAUAAAUAAUGAUGAAAUUCUGAUGAAAGAAAAAAUAAUUUUUUUAUAAAUAAACUCGUAAAUUAAAAUGACAUUGACGGAAUCCAAGGCGUUGUCGUUGGAUCUUCAAUGCUACUGUCAUCAUCGUCAUAAUUAUUGUUUUAUUUAGUCAUUUUUAUUUGUAACAAUUGACCUCGAUUAUUGUUAAUGUCAUGUUAAAAAUAUAAAAUAGUGGCUUGUGUCGAUAAAACUCAUUAUCCCUUUGGAAAAAAAAAAAAAAAUGUUAUUUCUUUGUCGUAUAUUUAUUAUGUCUGCGGCGAGGCACUUUGCAAGUAUAAUUAUGAUUAAAUUAGCGGUAAACAAGGGCACUCGGGUUGAGAGAGACAGAAAAUAUUAAUCGGUAUUAUAAUAUAUUGUGGGAAAUAUUUAUAAAAUAUAAUUUUUUUGUUAAUUGUAAGCGUGUGUGUUGCCUUGACACUGAUUUUAUAAAUAAAAUAAAUAACCGAUUUAAAUAACGGUUGAUAAAAAUAAUAUUUAAGAUAUUGUGGAGGACCAUGAGCGAAUUCAGCGAUCACGGACUUCGAUCGUGGCCCAAUUUGUGUAAUUUAAAGUAAAAAUAUAAAUAAAAAUUCAUUUUUAAAAUCCAACUUACGGUUUUUUUGGUACUCUUAUUAAUUACUAUUAUUAUCAUUGUAAUUAUUAUUAUAGUUGUUAUUAUUAUUAAGAUGUGUGUAUGUUAGAGAGCGAGCAAGACUUGUCUUGGUGGAAUUAAAUCCUGAUUUUCAUCGAAGACGUUCGUGUUUUUUUACUUAUUUCAUGUUAGACUUUUCUCUCGCCAGUAUAAAAAAUAAAAAAAAACCAAGUACACUGAAAUAAAAUGCAUACUGUUUGUAUAAAACCUAA